AUGGUCUUUCUGAAGGUAGCACCUGUGAAGGGUGUUCUAAGGUUUGAGAAGAAGGGGAAGCUAAUUCCGCGCUUUGUAGGGCCAUUUGAGAUACUGGAGCGAAUUGGCCCUGUAGCUUACCGUUUGGCGCUGCCCCCAUCUCUUUCUACAGUGCAUGACGUAUUCCAUGUCUCCAUGCUGAGGAAGUAUGUUGCAGAUCCGACGCAUGUGGUGGACUUCGAGCCAUUGCAAAUUUCUGAAGACUUGAGUUACAAGGAGCAAUCGGUUGAGAUCUUGGCAAGAGAGGUCAAGAUGCUCUGUAAUCGAGGAAUCUUGCUGGUCAAAGUUCUUUGGUGA